AUGAGCGUCCGAACACGCCGUAACAAGUCCGUCAAGCGCAAAGCUUUGGCCGAUCUAGCUGUAGACACAAACGGCACAAACGGCCACGCCAACGGCGAUAUGAAUCAGAACAACGUUGAAUACAGACGGAAGGCUACGACCCCCGGCUCCGACGCCGUCACCGCGAACCUCAUGUCGCGUGAAACCUUCACUCUCGACGACCCCGUCCCCAAGACUCCCAUCGCGAACAACCAUGGCUUCUUCGAGUUGCCCGUGCAGGACCAGCGCAACUUUCUCCUUCUGGUGCUCCUGUACUUUCUGCAGGGCGUGCCCAUGGGCUUGGCCGGUGGUUCCGUCCCGUUCCUCAUGAAGGACCACAUGUCUUACAGUGAGAUUGGAAUAUUCAGUCUGGCCUCGUAUCCUUACUCGCUGAAGCUCCUGUGGAGUCCCAUAGUUGAUGCAGUGUGGAGUCCCAAGGUCGGGCGCAGAAAGAGCUGGAUUCUUCCCAUUCAGGUUCUCUCUGGUUUGGGAAUGCUGUGGCUUGGUUCAACCGUCGAGAACAUGAUGGCGACCACCGGCAAGCCCGGUGGUCCUACCGUAUGGAACUUUACCUGGUGGUGGUUCUUCCUGGUGUUAAUGUGUGCCACCCAAGAUAUUGCCGUAGACGGCUGGGCGUUGACCCUCUUGACGCCCGGAAAUGUCUCGUAUGCGUCCACUGCGCAGACCGUUGGUUUGACUGCUGGCCACUUCUUGUCGUACACGGUGUUCUUGGCAUUCAACUCCAAGGAUUUUGCCAACCGCUACUUCCGCAGCACCCCUCUUGACCACGGAUUGAUGUCCCUCGGCGGCUACCUCACAUUCUGGGGUUGGGCCUACAUUGCCAUCACCAUUGGCCUGUCUCUUUUCAAGCGCGAGGACAAGACCAAGAACGAGGAUGGCAUCUGGGACGUGUAUAAAAUCAUGUGGGGCGUUCUUAAGCUCAAGAACAUUCAGACCAUUAUCAUCGUCCACCUUAUUGCCAAGAUUGGCUUCCAGGCCAACGAUGCCGUCACCAACCUCAAGCUCAUCGACAAGGGAUUUGGCCAAGAGAAUAUGGCUCUGACGGUUCUGAUCGACUUUCCCUUUGAGAUUGCCCUUGGUUACUACGCUGGCAAGUGGUCUCAGGAGUACACUCCUAUGCGCCUGUGGUGCUGGGGCUUCAUGGGCCGUCUGGUUGCUGCACUCAUCGCACAAUUCACCGUCACCAUCUUCCCAGCUGGCGGUGUGACUUCCUGGUACAUGCUGGUAGUCAUUGGCGAGCACGUCUUCUCGACCUUUACCAACACGGUCAUGUUUGUCGCCGUCUCAGCCUUCCACGCUAGAAUCGCAGACCCCGUCAUUGGCGGCACCUACAUGACCCUUUUGGCCACCGUCUGCAACCUCGGCGGUACAUUCCCGCGGUUCUUCGUCCUCCGCCUUGUUGACUACUUCACUGUUGCAACCUGCCACCCCGGCAAACCAGCAGACCUCGGGGCUCUCAAAGGUCCUGUCGUCACCGACUCCUUCUCGUGUUCCCUUCAGCCCGAUAAGGAGAGGUGCGUCAACGGCGGCGGCACAUGCGAGAUGGUGCGUGAUGGUUACUACUUUGUCAACAUCUUGUGCGUCGUCUUUGGCGUCGUCACCUUUAUGUUGUACAUCCGCCCCAAAGUCCUGCACCUGCAGUCGCUCCCCAUGAGGGCAUGGCGUCUCUCAAACUCCAGGCAGUAA